AUAAUUCACUUUCACGACUCUCGUUCUCUUCCUUUUUGCCCAUAUAUGUUAUAAUUAUAUUUUUCCUCUUAAAUAAAUAUUCCAGAAAUUUAAAAAAAUAAAAUCACUUCGCACUCAAAAAGAGAGAAAGAGAGAACCAAAUUCGAAGAUCUCAUCAAAAAGGAAAACAAAGAGAGAUCUUUUACAGCUCUUGCUACGCAGGACAAAUUAAAAGUGUACGUAAAUGUUAUCCAUGCAUUACUAUUCAUAUGGUAAUGGUUUUGCUCGUGUGAGCUAUCAACUUUUCUGAAGCAUAGUGGUUAACCUGGUAGUUCUACUAGAUUGUACAUUCUUACAGAGAAUAGACUGAUUAGAUACCCGCUCUAACAUCCAUUCAGUGUUGAUGAAUGUUCACUGGAGAAUUAGUUGAUGAAAGAAUUAUUGUGUGCAUAUCUGGCUAAAGGCGUCCCAGUUCAAGCUUAGUUCAUAAAAGUGUUACAGUGCGUACAGUAAGAUAUUAGGCUGGUGGCAACACAAUGGAGCCGAUAAAUCCUAGUCUUGCUGGAAAGCAACGAUUACGUUGGACCCAUGAGCUUCAUGAACGUUUCGUUGAUGCCGUCGCACAACUUGGUGGCCCGGACCGUGCUACCCCUAAAGGUGUUCUUCGAGUCAUGGGUGUGCAAGGGCUAACUAUUUACCAUGUAAAAAGCCAUUUACAGAAAUAUCGACUUGCUAAAUACCUUCCAGAUUCCUCAUCGGAUGGGAAAACCUCUGACAAGAAGGAAUCAGGGGAUAUGCUUUCCAGUUUGGAUGGUUCAUCCGCCGGUGUGCAGAUAAAUGACACAUGGAUUUUAAAGGUUACUUGUCACCGCCUGCUCCUACUUAGUUUUCUACUUUUACAGGUUCAAAGACAGCUACAACUUAGAAUUGAAGCACAAGGAAAGUACUUGAAGAAGAUAAUCGAAGAACAACAGCGGCUCAGUGGAGUUCUCUCAGAAGUUCCUGUUUCUGGGGUCACUCCUUCACCAGCAGGUGAAAAUGGUCCAGAAUCCGAUAACCGAACUGAUCCAGGGACUCCUGCACCAACAUCCGAAUCUCCUCUCAUUGAUAAGCCUAUACAAGAACAUGCUCCUACCAAGAGCGUUUCUAUCGAUCAAUCAUUCUCCUCGCAAAAUGAGCCUCUUACUCCAGAUUCUGGUUGCUACGAGACUUCACCAAUAAAUAGCCCUAAAGGUGAAAGCUCAUCAAAGAAACAAAGGGUAGGCGCAUUUACUAAAGCAGAUACGCUACUUCCCCACCAGAUAUUGGAAUCAAGCUUGAGCUCGCAAUACCAGCAACCAAAUCCAGUAGACUUCUUAGCGAGCGACCAGUUCAAUCUUUCAUCAGGAUUGACUCUUGGCAAUGAAGGUUCAAAAAUUUCUGGAAGUAACAUGUAAGUUACUCCAUAUUUGCAUGAUGGUUGUGCAAUAGGACUUCAAUUGAACUACUAUGUGUAGUCUGAAAAUAUCUUCUCAUUCAGUCACAGAUGCUACUUUGUUUACUGAAUUUACUAGGUUAAAUAUACCUUUUAUUCUCAAGAAUUACUUUA